AUGAUUGAAACCUCAAAAAGAAGUAGAAUAAUAAACAAAAUAAAUAACGUCGUUAUAUCGGAUUACAAAGGAGCAAUAUUUGUAUGGGGACCUAAGAGUACAGGAAAAUAUACAACAAUAAAACAUGUAUUAGAAUCAAAUAGUAGAAUUUAUUGUGAAGCUGAUUGCAAUGAACAUUAUAGUACAGCAUCUUUAUUUAGGUCACUAUUAUCAACACUAAGAAAUAUUAAUAAAUUUGGAAGAAGAAAACCUAUAAAUUAUGAUGAUGAUGAUGAAUAUAUAAAUAAUGACAUAAACAAAGAUAAUGAGGAGGAUAAUAAUAAUAAUAAUAAUAAUAAUAAUAAUAAUAAUAAUAAUAAUAAUAAUAAUAAUAAUAAUAAUAAUAAUAAUAAUAAUGAUGGUUAUGAUGAUGGUUAUGAUGAUGAUUAUGAUUAUAAAGAUAAAAGUUUAAAUGAAAGAAUUGAGUUAUUAAAAAUUAAUGAUUUAUCAAAAGAAUUUAAUAAUAUGAUAAUAAAGAGUCAAAUUUAUUCAAAAAAGAUACCGGCAACAUCAAUACCGUCAGUAUCAGAAAUGGUUCAAGUAUUGUAUGAAAAAGCAUCAACCAAUGAAACCAUUAGUAUUAUAUUAAGGCAUUCAGAGAAAUUAAUGAAAUUCGAAGGUGAAUUCUUUUAUUCUCUAUUUAAAAUUGAAGAGUUUACCGAUCAUCCAGUUUGUUUAUACCUUUUAUCAGAGAUUCCCACUGAAAGAAUUCUAUCAACUGGUAAAGAAUUUAAACCAAUUAGAAAUAUUCAUUUCCCACAAUAUGAACCAAAUGAAAUUUGUUCAAUAGUUUUAAAUUUUAAACCAAAUUUCUCAAUAAUUAAUUAUAAUCAAAAUAAUAAUGAUAGUAAUAAUAGUAAUAAUAAUAAUAAUAAUAAUAAUCAUUUAAAAUUAAAAGAAGAAGACAAUAUUAAAUUAUAUAACAAAUUGGUUGAAUUAGUAGUUAGAGUAUUUCAUACAACUACUAGAGAUAUCAUUGAUAUUAUAUUCGUUUGUCAUAAUUUAUUUCCAAAUUAUAUUGAACCGAUUUAUAAUGGUACAUGUGGAGUUGAAGAUAGUGAUUCAAUACUUUAUCAAAAUAUUGAAAGUAAAAUUGUAAAAUCAUUAAGAAACAUAACUGAAAAGGAUGAAAUUGUAUUAGAGGAUCAAAAGAGACAACAAGAAACCUAUCAAAUAUAUCCACCACAACAAGUUCCACAACAACAGAAACAACAAGAGAAAGAAAAAGAAAAAGAAAAAGGAAGACAACUUGCAAGUUAUAGUGAUGCUAAAAACAUACCAUAUCAUAUGAAGAUCGUUUUAAUUUCAUGUUUUCUAGCAUCAUCAUUCUCAAGAAAUAAAGAUAAACUAUUAUACACAAAGGAGGCUGUAAAGAGACAAUCACUAUCAAAUGAAAAAACUACAGGUUCCAAAUGGUUUCAUUUUCAACGUGCUAGAGAGAUUGGUUAUAAAUUAUUUCCAAGUGAAAAGAAAGCAUUAUUCCAAGAAUCAAUCUUUAAAUCUUUAGCAUCUUUAAAAUAUUUAGAAACAAUUAGUUCAAUUGAACCAGCAUUUACCUAUAAGUUUAAAUGUACAAGAAGAGUACAUUUAGAAUUUAUUAAACAAAUAUCUGCAUCAAUUAACUUUAAAAUUGAUACAUAUUUAGAAGCUGCUCAAUUUCAAAUUAUUUCAAAAUAA